AUGUGGCACUCGUUCGUUGUUCUCUCCAUCCUUCUACCCACGUUCCAUGCGUUCAACUGGACAGUCUCCCUUUCCCCCAAGUCGUCUCCGCUAGUAGGGGCCACGGUCGCCAUAGUUGAGAGUUUUUUCGUACCCGUUUGCAGUCAGCUGUACAUCCGACGCCGGGCUUCCAACAAACGAAAUGCCCGCUUUCAGUACGACCUCAUCGAAGCAAUACUCCCGCAAAUCGAGCCCCAAAUCCGCGUACAGCUGGAAACCAUCCAGGCUCGAAUGCUGAAUCACUCCAGAGCCCACAACGUCUUCUUCGUGGAUGACUACGAGGCCUUCGGCGAAAUCAGCGACAGGAUGCGGGUCCAAACCUACGACUACAGUGGCUACUUCUUGAUCAUUGUAACGGAUUCGACGCGGGACAACUUCAACACCGUUCAGCAGAUUAUGGACGACCUGUGGUCCCAUUACGUCAUCAACGUAGCCGUACUGUUAAGCUACGACGAUUCGCCCGAGGAUGCCUUCUACUAUACGUACUUUCCGUUUAGCACGACUUACUGUGAGGAAGUGCACCCGUGGCUGUGGAAGAUCUUCAGCAAGGGUCGAUUUGUGGAUCCACAGCGGGCGUUCUACCCCAGAAAGUUGAUGAAUUUCUACGGCUGUCCGCUGAAGAUGGUGACAUUCGACAUCCCUCCGUUCUUGAUGUUGGAUCCAGGGUUCGACGGAACGGUGUCUGGCUUGAACGGAAUUGACGGAAUUCUGACUAGGGUGCUGAGCCAGCUGUUGAACUUCAGCUUGAGCAUUGAACUUAUGGAACCUCCGGAAUGGGGCAUAACGGACAAGCUUGGAAGCUGCACGGGAGCCUCCCGACUCGUACGACAACGGAUGGUGAACUUUACUGUAGGAUUCUGGUCGAUGACUUACCGCAGGAAUCGCUACAUGGGUCACACCUCCGCCUACUACACCUCCCUGGUAACUACCGUGGUUCCUCCAGGUCAUGCCUAUACCUCAAUUGAACACUUGCUUCUACCAUACAAGCUUGAUUCGUGGUCCUGUAUUAGUACGAUUAUCCUGAUUGCAGUUCUGGUGAUCAUCGUUGUCAAAUGUCAUGGACGCAUUAUGCAACACUUUGUAUUCGGGCGCUCCAUAACAGCACCCUUGCUGAAUACGUUCAACAUCUUCUUCGGCGGUUCGCUACCUCGGUUACCGCACCGGAACUUUUCCCGAACUCUGCUGACGUUUUGGCUGCUCUACAGUAUCAUAAUACGAACCUGCUAUGUCGGCUCCCUCUUCAAGUUCCUUCAACUGCAGCCGAACAAAACCGUACCGAAGAUCAUCCCGGAAUACAUGGCGGCUGGCUACCACAUACGGAUGGCUCGCAACUACAGUUAUAUCUUCGAAGCGUUCCCCAGGGUUUACAAAAGGCUCCAACAAUCGAACCUCACCAAUUUCCUGGCACGGGAAAUCGACGAACUCCAGCAACCCACCACGCGGUACAUCGUGCUCGCUCCGACGGAAGCCAUCGCCUAUCUCAAUCGACAACUCACCAAGCAGGGGAAACUCCUCCGGGUAAGCGGUGAUCGAGUCUACACGUCGAAGUUGACAAUCUACAGCCAGCGCUCGUCACCGGUACUGCAGCCGUUCAACUACAUCCUCGGCCUGAUCAGCACGGCCGGCCUGAUCGACCAGUGGGCUUCGGGCUUUUCGUUGCCCAUAUUUCUGAAGGUGUCCAGCGAAGUCAACGGUCCACGGCAGUUGACCGUGCGGCAGCUGAUGGGCUGUUUGGAGCUGCUUGCGUUUGGAUUGACCGUGAGUGGUCUGGUGUUGCUCGUUGAGUGCUUGGUGGAUCGGUGGAGCCGGAAGAAGAAGCACCGUGUUCGUAGAUGCCGUCGACGGGUUCGGUUUGCUCAUUGA